AUGUCGAACCCCGAGGGUGUUGGUGUCCGAAUCCCAUUAUGGCUGGAUUGUGACCCAGGACAUGAUGAUGCCUGCGCCAUUUUGUUAUCAAUUUACCAUCCCGCGCUUCGAAUACUAGGAAUUAGCACAGUUAACGGAAACGCACCAUUAGGAAAAGUCACUAGGAACGCAUUGAGUGUCCUCGAGGCCAUUGGGGCGACAGAAGUCCCUGUCUAUGCUGGAGCCAGUAUUCCCUUUUGCCGGGAAAUCCGCUCCGCGCCUGAGGUGCAUGGCGAAAGUGGUUUAGCAGGCACCGAACUACUACCUGACCCAACUUGCAAAGCACAAUCUGGUAGCGCUGUCAAUGCUAUGCGGGACGCAUUGCUGUCCUGUCCGCCAAAUUCUGCAUGGUUAGUCGCCGUCGGGCCGCUCACAAAUAUUGCUCUCCUCUUCGCCAUGUAUCCAGAAGUUGCCGCGCACGUAAAGGGACUAAGUGUCAUGGGGGGAGCAGUCGGGAACGGCUUCGCGCCCGAAAUAUAUCUUGGGCCCCCUUAUGUUGAUGAGAGCGGCAAGACCCAGGAUCGGUGUGGCAACUACACACCAUUUGCAGAGUUCAACGUCUGGGCGGAUCCUGAGUCAGCUCGCAGUGUAUUCUUGAUACCUGAGUUGAAGCAGAAAACAUUCCUCAUUCCCUUGGAUGUGUCUCACCAAGCGUACACGACUAAGAAAGCCCGGCAACUGUUAUUGCAUGGCAACAAGGGUGUGACGAGAUUAAGGGCCAUGUUCAACGAACUCUUCAUCUACGUUGCGGGCACAUAUGAAGAUGCCUGGGGCAUGGACGAUGGAGCUCCUCUGCACGAUCCUUUGGCGGUCGCUCUUAUCCUAGCUGAUUAUCCUGAUCCAGAAAUCCGCAUUGAUUUCGACGACAACAAUGGCGAGCGAUGGAGCGUGGAUGUGGUUUUGUCUGGUUUGGAAGAAGGCCGGACCAUCGUCACCAAGUUGAAAGAAGGCACGCCAGGGGUUCUCAUUCCACGGUCCCUUGAUGUUAACAAAUUUUGGCUCACCUUGGAAUCAUGCAUGGCAAAAGCUGAUGAAAAGACUGGCUAUGUGAAGCUGUCACCACCUCGAGGCCACGCGAAGCUCUGA